UUUAUUCAUCAAGGGCCCUCUAGCUGUUAAGUCACUCUGAUCUCUGACUGCAGCUCCUACCUUUGGACACACCUGGCUGGUGCCUCAGCUAGAUCAAACCAUUGCUGAAACUGAAGAGAACAUGUCGAAUGCUAUAGAUCCACAGAUGUGGGAUGAUGACUGUGAUCUAAAUUUCACUGGCAUGCCACCUAUGGAUGAAGAUUAUAGCCCCUGUAGGCUAGAGACUGAGUCACUCAACAAGUAUGUUGUGAUUGUCACCUAUGCCCUAGUGUUCCUGCUGAGCCUGCUGGGAAAUUCUCUCGUGAUGCUGGUCAUCUUACACAGCAGGGUCGGCCGCUCCGUCACUGAUGUCUACCUGCUGAACCUGGCCAUGGCCGACCUACUCUUUGCCCUGACCUUGCCCAUCUGGGCCGCCUCCAAGGUGAAUGGCUGGAUUUUUGGCACACUCCUAUGCAAGGUGGUCUCACUUCUGAAGGAAGUCAACUUCUACAGUGGCAUCCUGCUACUGGCCUGCAUCAGUGUGGACCGUUACCUGGCCAUUGUCCAUGCCACACGCACACUGAUCCAGAAGCGUCACUCAGUCAAAUUUGUUUGUCUCAGCUGCUGGGGACUGUCUGUGAUUCUGUCCCUGCCCUUCUUCCUUUUCCGCCAGGCUUAUCAUCCAGACAACUCCAGUCCAGUUUGCUAUGAGGUCCUGGGAAAUAACACAGCAAAAUGGCGGAUGGUGUUGCGGAUCCUGCCUCACACCUUUGGCUUCAUCUUGCCGCUGCUGAUCAUGCUGUUCUGCUAUGGAUUCACCCUGCAUACGCUGUUUAAGGCCCACAUAGGGCAGAAGCACCGGGCCAUGAAGGUCAUCUUUGCUGUCGUCCUCAUCUUCCUGCUCUGCUGGCUGCCCUACAACUUGGUCCUGCUUGCAGACACCCUCAUGAGGACCCACCUGAUCAAGGAGAGCUGUGAGCGCCGCAGUGACAUUGGCCGGGCCCUGGAUGCCACCGAGAUUCUGGGAUUUCUCCAUAGUUGCCUCAACCCCAUCAUCUACGCCUUCAUCGGUCAAAAUUUUCGCCAUGGAUUCCUCAAGAUCCUGGCCACACAUGGCCUGGUCAGCAAGGAAUUCUUGGCACGUCAUCAUGUUACCUCCUACACUUCUUCCUCUGUCAAUGUCUCUUCCAACCUCUGAAAACCAUCGAUGAAGGAAUAUCUCUUCUCAUAAGGAAAGAAUAACCAACACUCUGAGGUUGUGUGUGGAAGGUGGUCUGGCUCUGGACAGGCACUAUCUGGGUUUUGGGGGGACGCUAUAGGGUGUGGGGAAGUUAGGAACUGUUGUCUUCAGGGACCAUACCCACCUUCUGAGGAGCUGCUGAGGUACCUCCAAGGACCAGCCUUUGCGGCUCCAUGGAAAGGAAGCACCAUCAUUCCUGUUGAACGUCACAUCUUUAACCCCUAACUGGCUAAUUAGCAUAGUCACAUCUGAGCCCCGAAUCUGACAUUAGAUGAAAGACUAGGGCUGAAGCUAUGUCCUCAUAAGGGUUGGAUGCUCUCGUUGACCCUCUCAGGAGCAUCUCUUCAACUCUGAGUGUUAAGUUUUGAGUCCCCAGGCUGGUGGCUCUGUGUGCUGUGAUCUGAGCUCCGGGAGUGGUCAGAGCUUAGGUUUGUUACAGUGUCGGCUGGAGACAUUGAGGCAGGCACUGCCAAAACAUCAACCCACCAGGUGGCUUUGUGAGGAGCUGGAAACACAUGUUCCCCUUGGGGGUGUUGGGUGAACAAAGAGGAAGAGGGUUUGGAUGCCAGAUCCAUGCCACAAGAACCCCCUUUACCCCCAUGCCCAACAUUGCACACACAUGUGCUGGCCACCUGCUGAGCCCCAGGUGGACCGAGACAAGCAGCCCUUAGCCCUUCCCUCCUGCAGCUUCCAGGCUGGCACGGAGCAUCAGCAUCCCCAGAAAGCCAUGCACAGCCACCAGUCCACUGGGCAGGCAGAUGUUCCUAAUAAAGUGUCUGUUCCAUGCUUGUCCCUGUGGAAGUAUCUUGGGUGUGACAGAGUCAAGGGUGUGUGCGGCAUUGUUGACUGUUCCUGCAGUAGAAUGGGGGCAGCACCUCCUAAGAAGGCACUUCUCUGGGUUGAAAGGCAACAUUCCCUGGGGCUUUAACUCCUGCUAGAACAGUCUCUUGAGGCACAGAAACUCCUGUUCAUGCCCAUACUCCAGGCGGAGGAGGAUCCCUUCGUCCACAAGUAAAAGGAAAUGCUCCUCCAGGGAGUCUCAGCUUCACCCUGAGGUGAGCAUCAUCUUCUGGGUUAGGCCUUGCCUGGCCUCCUCAAACUAUGUGAGCUUGCCUCUCCCUCCCAAAAUGCUUUCCGUGAGUUGCAGUUUUUUCCUAGUCUGUUUUCCCUCCUUGGAGACAGGGUCCUGUCAGUUUAUUCACUCUAUGUCCUUGGUGCCUGGAGCCUGUUAAAUGCUCAAUAAAUAAUGAUCACAGGAA